GUAAACUCAAGCGUCAUGCUAUCAUUCACCUGGGCCAGCUGAGGCAGAAACACCUGGCUCGGGUUACGGUGGUGAGAGAGAGAGAGAGCCAGAGGGGCUGGACUCUGUGCCAAAUAACUCAACUCGGUACGCAGAUACGACUAAAUGUCUGGAGACACAGCAAGAGAGAAACACACAGACUGAGCACAGGCACCACUUCAGGGAAAGAAAAGGAACUGGAACAGGACAGGGGGCUUUCCUCUCGAGUUUGAGGAAUAGAAAAGGCUCUCGACUAUUUUUGAGGAGCCGAACGCCGCUACCUCACAGCCAUGAGUUCUCAGACGGGCUUUAGCAGCAGCAUGCUGUUCCAGUCCAUAAAUGAUGACCUGAAUGCAUCACUGGCUACAGCGGAUGAGCUAUCCAAAGAGUUCAACUCCUUGCUAAACCAGGUUUCCUCCAACAACAAUAACACCAACCCUACGUCUCAGACCAGCUCUACAGUCUCCAGAGAGCAGCCUCAGUCCACCGGGCUGUCAGGCACCUCCAUCACUACGAAGGAGACGAGUGGCAGCAGUAAUGGCAGCUCUAGGUCCAACCCUCUCCCCCUCAGCUCAACAACUUUCCGUCCCAUGGACUCCGUUACAUCCAGCAAUAAAAAUGCACCAUUGCCCCCUGUCUUCUCCACCAGCCCGCUCUCAUCCCCCAAGAUCCAAAGGGCGACACGCUCUCCACCUUCUCGAUCCGGAUCUGAAAGCAGCUCGUACAGCCAGCAGAGCCCCAAACAGUCCCCUCAUACCCCAAGGCGAAAUUCACCCCAACAUUACAACAGGAGCCCACGAGGUUCAAUCAGUUAUAUUGAUAGAAGCCCUUCUUCAAGCCCCACAGUUGCUUCUUUUGACCAGUCAUCUCGGUCUUCUUUGCUCCACUCAUCCAACAACCUUCUGAGCCCGUAUGACAACAGCCAGAUGGGCCGCAGGUCACCUCGGCCGGACAGAACCCCCUCUCCUUUGUCUUUUAAUCAUCCAAUGUCCAACACACUUCCCCGAAAUUUUGGCGGUUUCAGGCAACCCGAUGAGGGUAUGCAGCGGCAAAAGAGCCCUGGGAAGUGGAAUGAGACAGAUCUAGACGUGUCCUAUGAGAGGAAGCCUCACCACACUUAUGACAAGACAGAGUGGCUGCGGCCGUCUGUGCCAAACAGCAACUGGAGAGAAUCCAACCUCGAUGGCCCUCCUCCGACCCCAAACCCGAAAAAGGAUCCUCGCUCUCAAUCUCUCCAGUAUUCCCAGGGUUCUCUCCCCCGUAACACACGUAUAUCAGUUCCUCCAGAUGUUUCAUCCCCUUACCACCCCCAGCCCAUCCUUUCCCGUAUUUCUAUUCCUCCCACAUCUACUCAAUCCCGCCAACGUAGGCCCAUCCCUCUCUCCGUCAUCAUGCGUCUCCAAAACCCCCACUGGGGAGCCAUGGCGACCCGCCACCCCAGAGUCCUGGGAGCAGAAGGAGACAUGGCACCUUACCAACCUGCUAUGUCCGUCCCAAGGGAAUUCUUCCACCAACCUGUAUUCCAGCCUCAGCAACCCCCACCUGAGCUGAGACAACCAGCUAUAUACAGUGACGUGCUGAACCCAGGGGAUAUUGAUGCAGAGUUAGAACGGCUGGACUUUGUUCAUCACAUCCCCGUGAUUUCGGAGAAUCCCAGCAUGCCACAGGGCGUAAGGGAGGUUGAGCAGGGAGUGCUGCCAGCUCCCCGGCCACUCAGCCCCACCAGGCUGCAGCCAGUGGUGGCGCCCGAGGCCCAGAGCCAGGAAAUCCCUAACCUGGAGGAGCUGCUCCGCAUCAGAGCCGAAAUCCCCCGCGCCCUGAAAAGACGGGGCUCCGUGGACCAGUCGCGGCCCCUGAAGAAGGCCUCCCAUUACCAGCCAAACCAGUACAAAAAUCUCAUCAACAAGCUUUUUCACAGGAAGGACCACCGCCAGAAAGGGGAGCAAGGUAGCGAGACGAGCAGCUCUUCAGACGGAGAGGACACCCCGGCGCUUCCUCCUCCUUUUCCUCCACCUCACACAUCCUCAACGGUUCCCCACGACUACAGAAGCUACCAUUCCAUUCUGCGGCGGUCCAAUCGGGAGUUCAAAGGUACUGGGAGGCGAGCUCGGCUCAGCCCGCUUGUCCUGCUGCUGGACGGAGCGUUGGUCGGAGAACUUGAGACAGUGCAGAGGGCCGUUCAGGAGAUGAACGACCCCAGCCAACCCAAUGAUGAAGGCAUCACUGCCCUUCACAAUGCCAUCUGCGGCGGCCAUUACAAUGUGGUGGAUUUCCUGGUUCGCAUAGGAGCCAAUGUUAGUGCGCCAGACAGCCAUGGAUGGACUCCACUGCAUUGUGCAGCCUCUUGUAACGACCGUCCUCUGUGUGAGUUUCUGGUGAGAAAUGGAGCUGCUGUCAUGGCCGUGACAGAGAGUGACAGCGCUACCGCCGCCCAGAAGUGUGAUCCUUAUGCUGUUGGGUUUGAGGAAUGUGAGAACUUUCUGAGAGGUGUGGAGGAGGCCAUGGGGUUGGAGAACAGCGGGGUGCUGUAUGCUCUGUGGAACUACCCGGCUCAGGCAGCCGAUGAGCUGAGCUUCAAAGAGGGAGACAUGGUCACCAUCCUGCAGAAACCUGAAGGCUCAGACUGGUGGUGGGCAUCGCUCUGCGGCAGGGAGGGAUUUGUUCCAAACAACUACUUUGGGCUUUUUCCAAAGGUUCGACCAAAAUCUCUCUGCUAAGUGGUGCCUUCACGAUCAACCUCGGUCAAACUGAGGACUGUCUCAAAAACUGCAUUUACACUGUUGAGAGGAAUACGUCUGCGCGGUUAUGAAAAGAUUAUGUCUUGCUGCAGGGCAGGAGAAAUGUUUGAUCAGUCAGUGAAGGAGAGUUGAAGGAGAAGGCUCGGUAUUCAUUUUGGCCUUACUGACAAUAAUCUCUUUAGAGGACAUUACUUGUAGUGGCUUUCCUGUAAAAAAAACAAUGUCCAGUAAAGCUACAUCUGUGCUAAACUUUUCUGUCAGACUAUGUUUAUCAAAGGGUUACAAAAGGGACAUAUUUCCUGUUGUUUAGCUCAGUUAUGUUCCAGUCAGACAUUUCUGACUCACCGGCUGCUUUAGUAAUCAGAAUGCAUGAACGGUGGCUGUCGGUUGUUCAGUCCACUCGUCAACAAGGUCAACUUAGCUGUAUGCUGCCGACAAACAUGAUCCACGAUCGCUCAGUUUAGAUAAGGGCUGCUUUAAUCAGGGUAAAAUCAAGCUUCUCAAAUCCUGGAACAGAGUUGUCUGCUGCUACAUCAAAGAAGCAUCACAAACUCUUAAGUAAAAGAGAGUGUUCAGGAGUUGAUAUGGAACUUUUUUUUCUUAUGUAAGAUGUACAUAUUGCAGUUUUUUUUCAAAUAGUUUCUUGGAUAUUAGUGUUAUUCUUCCUCUUAUAGCUAGUAUAGCCAUAGUUUUCAUAACUACUGGAACUGUUGUGUGGUUGAUGGGUCCUAAUCAUGACCCCUGACUUUACUAGCCAAAUAUUAUUUUUGAAUUUUAAGAGUUACAUUUAAUAUUUUGCUACCAAUGUGGUUGUAGACUUUACAUAGUAUUUUUCAAUCAGCCGCAGCAAAAAUUCACCCAUAUUUGGUUGGUUUCCACUUGUAUGCACAAUGUAGGUCGUCUGUUGUGCUGUCUAGAUAAAUUAAUCUUUUUUUUUUUAAAAGAACAUAUGAACAUAUGUUUUCUAUGACAAUGACACAAGUGUUUUUGUGGAUGUGCCGGCACCUUAUAUGAUAGCUCACUGCCAUCGUGUGUAAGUGAGUGUGUGUGUUUGUGUGUGAAUGGGUGAAUAAAAGGCUCAGUGUAAAGUGCUUUGGGUAGAAGCUCUAUAUAAAUGUAGUCUGUUACCAUUUGCCAAAAGCAUUUCUUGUCUGAUGUUUAUGUUUUUUUAGUUUUCAGUGUAAGUUGUUUACUAGGGACUGCUGUACACUUGACCUGUAACCCUUCCAAAGGGACACACGGAGACCAAAUGUUUUAUUAUUCAAUAAAUACAUGAGUCACAUGUC